AUUCGCAUCAUUUAUCGCGAGAUUUUGUGCAGAGCACAGCAGACCGAAGACCAUAUCAAUACCAUGUUUAAACUUUACUCUUCUCAAAUGUGGUAAGUAAAUAUUUGAUCAUAUUGGUUGUAAAACGAUUGAAAACUAGUGUAAUAACGUAAAAUGGGAUAUAUGAUUUAAUAGUGAAAAUAAUCUUUUCAGCCAUUAAUUGUGCGAGUGGGAACAAUAUAACUGGUUUGAAAACAUUUUGGAGGUGAAAAUAAAUUUUCCUAAUUUAGAUUUAUACAAAUUGUGAAUCCAUUACGAACGAUUUACACUAAAAUGUGUUCUGCUCGUGUUUCAUGAUUGAGGACGGGUCCUGUUUAUCACACGCAUGAGUGAACGGUACCACUGUGUAGUGAUCUUCGACUCUUGAACGAAUCGUUCUUUAGAGCCGGUCCUGACCCGUUCUGACGUAAUUACAGCCGGAGUAUACAGGUACAGUAUACGCAAGACACAAAAUGAACCGAAUGAGCCGGUUCGCGGAAAUGAAUCAGACUCGACGUCACUACCACUGUGGGGGAGGGGAGUAGUCGAGCUGAUCUGAGGAGAGAAGAGAAGGCGCCAUUUUGUCAUCAGAAACGGAUUCAUUAAAGAUAGUUUUUGGUAAGUAGAACGUAAAAUUGAAUAUCCUUAAUUGUGUUUUUGUAUUACAAUUAUAAAAGGUUUAGAUAGAACGUUUUGUCUUGUUUUGGAAGGUAACGUUAAAUUUAAUCAGAAAUACGUUUUUAGCCACGAAAGUUUUCUGAGGGAAGAUUCCCAAGUUCCCAACGGCUUUUUUUCAUUUAACGUUAGGCCUAACGGCACGACGUGUUUUGAGUCGGUUUUAUUGUGUCAUCUUUACAAAACUGGCAACCAAGCAUUAGAUUUUAAAGCCUCCACACUACUUUCCAUAGUAACGUUAGUUUAAUUGAUGUGAUUGGCAAACACAUUUACUUUUUUCCCAUUCAUCCAAUUGUCCAUUUCAGUAAAGACAAUAAAUAAACGUGUAAUACAUAUAUUUUGUUGACAAUGUUGUAUAUAGUUGUACGUUUUUUUUGCUCCCGUUUCUAAAUUUACCUUAACGUUAUGUGCGUCCGCCUAAUACUUGUAAUGGUUUUAUUGACCCCAUGAUUAGAUCUCAUGUUCUUUACAUCUCAUGUUAAUUUCACAUUUAAAAUAUUAGUUGUAUUCGUGUAGCAGUAUAACUCGAGUGAGUUGGUGUGAUAUAGCUCAGCAUGGCUGUGAGCAGUUCAGAGGCACGAGGCCGCAUUGUACUGCUGGGGGGAGGGGUCCUAUUUUUUGUAUGGAUAUAACGUUAGCGAGAUAGGAAAGGGUAAAGUUAGCACAAAUCGACGUCAGCUGGAUGCACGUCACAUUUCGUGCAACUUUGCUCUUUCUUGCAAUGUAGGGUGAAUUUGGGUAAACAAUUGUUGUGGUGCAACCUGUUUUCAAUUCUGUAGAAAACGUUUGAUAAUUACUGUGCGCACAUUGUUUGCCUGCAGUGAGCUGAUACUGCGAUCGCUCACCCUCUAUCCAACGCUAACGUUACAUGAUCUCUUCAGAUUGGUUAAUAUUAGCGGUCACUCACUCCCUGUCACAUUUAUAAUCUGAUCUCUAUGAUCCGUCUGUCACAUAGAGGUAUUAUCUGCAUGUUUAUGCAUAUUCUUACCUGCACGUUAUACAUAUGUCUGUCUUUAAUGUACUCCACACAUCUUGAAUUAAAUACAUUAGUGCUAAACAUUGCUCUAAGUUUAGCCAAUUGUUUAAGUUUGAAAACAAUAUGUUGUCUUUACAAUAUCCCACUUAAUAUUUAGCCUAUAUCACAGCUUAUUUAUUAAUUCAAGUGUGCUGAAGUUUUCUUUUCUUUUCUGCAGAAAUACAAGGUGCACUGGAUUCUGCUUUAUGGUUUGGAACUGAUCUAUGGUUUGGAGCUGUAAGUUUUGCACAUUUACUUCAAGAAACCGAAGGAUUUUUCUAAGACAUUACAAAAUUAAACAUGGGCAACAUGGAAGGUUAUGUCCUUUUCCCUGCUUAUACUCUGGAUGCCCCUGUUCAUUUAGAUCUCAAGUUGGCUUAAGAAAUCACUUAAUUUCCCAACACGAAACACUUUCAAACCCAGUGUCAGUAAGCACUCGCCUUGUCUGUGAGUUAUGCAUUUUUUGUGAAUUUACUAAUUUGAGCAAAUACUUUGCUCACUUGGGAAAGCACACAAAAAACAAAGAAACUGUGAACUGUCCUUUUAAAGAGUGUUCCUUCAAAUCAAGUGUAUAUAAUACUUUUAAAGCACACAAGAGUAAAUAUCAUUGUGCAUCUGGUCUGAAAGAUUUAAGGGUUGAGCUCAUUUACGGGAGAGAGGACUCUACUGACAGUAUAGAAGCUGAGUCCACUGGAAAUGAUUUAGAACUGUCUUUAGCUGAAGAGAGUGAACCCCAAGACAAUGAGGACAAUGAAGACAAUGUCAAAUGCAGUCUUGCUGCUUUGUUAUUACGAAUGCAAACAGUUUUGCAUGUUUCUAAAUCUGCAAUUCAGGAAAUAGUGGAAGAGCUUUAUGAAAUAUCAGUUCUGUCUCAGGAUUCAGCCCAGAAGUUGAUUAGAAAUGUUUUAGAGCAGCAUGACUGUAGUCCUAAUAGCACUGUACUGACUCUAGUGUCUGAUAUUAUUCAGAAGACAAACCCAUUCAAUUUACUUAGCACAACGGGUCCUCUGAGCACAAAUCAUAAAAGGUUGAAAUAUUAUAAAGAAAAGUACACAGUUAUUGACCCUGUUGAAUAUGUUUUGGAUGGUGCAAGAAAAAGAAAUUUUGUUUAUGUGCCAAUCUUAAACAUUCUGUCUGAGCUGCUAAAUAGAGAUGAAGUACUAGAAAAAGUUCUCCAAGACAGUAGCAGGUCAAGGUCACAGACUGGUCAGUAUAGAUCGUUUUAUGAUAGUUUGAAUUACAAAGAAAAUCAGCUCUUUGUUGGGGAAGAAUAUCACAUUGCUUUAGGUUUGUAUAUUGAUGAGUUCGAAAUAUGUAACCCUUUAGGUACUUCAAAAAAAAAACACAAGCUAUGUGGUGUCUAUUGGGUGAUUGCUAAUUUACCCAUUAAAUACAGGUCUUCCCUCUCCUCUAUCUAUCUUGCAACCUUGUGUUACAGCACUGAUAUCAAAACCUUUGGAUAUGAAGUAAUUUUAGCACCUCUUGUAAAAGAUAUUGAACUGCUGGAAAAGCAAGGCAUUUAUGUACAGAAGUUAGGUGCAAGUAUAACUGGUACAAUACUGUAUGUGUCAUCUGAUAACUUGGGAGCACACUCUUUAGCUGGGUUUCAGGAAAGUUUUAACACAGAGAAAUACUGCAGAUUUUGCUUGGCAAGUCGGACAGAUGUUCAAAAGCAUGAAGUCAGAAGUGAAGUGUUCCCACUUAGAACCCAAAAAGAUAUAGAUAGUUGUGUGUCAAAAUUGCAAGACAAUGAAAAAUUGGGGAAUGUUGAUGGCAUAAAGAAGGACUGUGUACUGAACAAACUGUCUUAUUUUGAGACUGCUAGAGGGUUCCCUCCAGACUUUCUGCACGAUUUAUUAGAGGGCAUAGUUCCUGUUGAGAUAAGCAUUUGUUUGCAUGCUUUCAUUUCCAGCAAAUUGUUUACACUGGAUGAACUGAACUCUGUGAUUCAGACAUUUCCUUAUACAUUUUCUGACAAACUUAAUCGACCUCAGAAAAUACCAUUGUCAUUCCAUGCCAAAGGGACAAUUGGGGGAAACGGUCAUGAAAAUUGGACUCUGCUGCGCAUGCUUCCCCUCAUGAUUGGCCAUUUGGUGCCAGAGGAUCACAAAGCAUGGGGUGUUCUCAUGGAAGUGAAAGACAUUGUUGAAAUUUUGUCAAGCUCAAGUUUCACAGAUGAAUCUCUCUGCUACCUGGAAUGCAAAAUUUCUGACCACCGGAAAUUACUCCAGGAGUUUCUUCCAGAUUUGAAGUUGCGUCCCAAACACCAUUAUAUAGAACACUACCCACACCUUGUUAAGGUCUUCGGUCCAGUGCUGGAUUUUUGGACUAUCCGUUUCGAAGGCAAACAUAGCUUUUUUAAAAAAGUUGUACGGGAUGUUAACAAUUUUAAAAACAUUCUGUUAACCCUUGCCACACACCAUCAGCUCCUACUAGCUUACCAUCUAGAUAUGCCUACCAUCUUCAAACCAGCAUUGGAAGUCACAAAUGUCACAAAUGUUUCUCCGGACAUUUUGGAGUUUUCUGUCAAAACAGCUGUUCAAAGGAAAUACAGUGGUGUGGAGUCUGUUGGCCUUGCUUCAACUGCUUGCUUGCAUGGAACCAAAUAUUCUGAAGGCAUGUUUGUGUCUUUCGGCCAAACCAGUGGACUGCCAGACUUUGGAAAAAUAAUGAAACUGCUUAUUGUAGCUCAGAAAGCUUCCUUUAUGAUUGAGAAGUAUACAGCAUGGUAUGUGGAGCACCUUCGUUGUUUUGAAUUGUGCAGGAGCCUUUCCUCUGAUGUUAUCAUCAUAGACCCUGAGGAUUUGAAUCACUAUGCUCCACUCUCAUUGUACACAGUGCAAGGAAGACAUUUCAUCUCUCCGGUUGCUUUUCUGCUUCACUAGGUACCCAGAGAAACCAUGCUAUUUAGAGUGAUCAUUACCCCUGAUGACAUCAGAAGAGUUUCAGUUGAAAGCCUCCCAGAAACUGUAGAUGAGCUGGUCAACAUACUUCGGCAAGAACUAGGCUUGCAAGGUGAUUUCAUUCUGCAGUUUGAAGACCCAGAAUUUCAAAAUGAGCUUUGCAAUUUGUCCAACAUGUCAGACUUACCUCAAGGGAGAGCAACUCUUAAAGUUAUACAGAAGGGUGCUGUGGUGACAGCCAGUGGUAAUCAAAUCUCAGACUCCUCCAUUGACACUGACUUGCCUCACACACCUGCCUCACAUACUCAAAAAUGGCCAGAUCCAUUUCCUGUGCCCACUUUCUCGUCCAGCACUGAACUGCAGCUCAAGCAAGGGAAUGAUGCAUACUCUAAAAAUGGGUCUCUUUUGAACAUCACCAGAGAGAUGAAAAGUGACAUUCUUGAUAAGCUGGCAGAAGCCAUCUAUGCUAUUAAAGCAUACCCGAACAACAACGAAUAUAACGCUGUUGCAAAAGCCUUAGUAGAAAAACACCCAUGUUUGAAAGAGCCUGGACCAACGGCCUGCGGAUGGUCUGGUUGGAAUUUCAGCUUGAAGUUUAAAAUGGGGAAUUUUAGGCAAAAGCUUCGCAUAUCGGGAUGUGCAGAGCUCUCUGUGAAUUGCCGUGAGACGUCUGAUUCAGGGGAUAAAACCAGGGUAACGAAGAAGGCCAGGAAGUCUGAAGUAAAUUUUCUUCCAAACUUACCAACAGGCAAAAGCUUUGACAGCCUUGAAGUUGACAGAUGUGCCUUAGAGAAUGAGAUGAAGAAAAAGAAAGUGGCUUGGAAGCAAGUUGAUGCGCUAAUGGACAACACAUUUUCAUUAAGGCGAAAAGAAGUAAUCUCAGAGGUGCCCUUGGUUAAAGAUGUGAAGAAGAGGUGGCCAGCCUUAUUUACACAGAGACAGGUUGCAGCAGAAUUUCGACGCAUAAUGGCUAAAGACCUUGGGAAAGCCUUUUUUGAUGGCCUCGACGAGUACGUACCAACCUUUUUGCAGUUGUAUCGAGAGAGAUGCUCAGGGGAUGGAGCGCUCAAAUGCCUUGUUGAGUCUCUCGAUGCUGAUGUAAGUUUAUGUUUGUAAAUGAAGUUACUAUUGUUUUGUCAAUUUGAAUUCAAAUUAUCAUGCAGUUGGGUAUGACUUCAUCUGCCAUGGAGUGGUAAUUGAUUGAAACCUCACAAUUAGAUUCUUGAAGUCACAAUCUGCUCCAGGGCUUUGUUAAAUAGUAUUCAUACAGUACCGCAGAGAUGA